UGAAGGAUGUUUUCGUACGUGACGGUCUGGCUCGUUUUGACCGGCUUCUGCCGCGCUGCAGUCAUGCUCGACGAGGAUUUUGUCAUCUCCAGCAACCCGCUGGAGCUGGAGGUCGAGGUGACCGUGGCCGCGAGGACGACUGGCUACUUCGCCCUGGGGUUCUCCCUCGACGGCAAAAUAGCCGGAGCGGACAUCGUCGUCGGCUGGGUCGACGACAAAACCGGCAAAGGUUCAAUUAUUGAUGGAUAUGGAAUGGAAAGUGAAAUUCCAAAAGAGGACUUGAUGCAGAACUACAAACUUCUUGAUUGUGAACAGAAUGCUACUCAUACACUCAUGAAGUUCCUCAGAAGCUAUGAUACAUGUGAUCGCAGUGGGGAUGUUGUCAUUGUGAAUGAUACUAUGAGAGUUAUUUGGGCGAUUGGAGAGAGCGACCCAUCUAGACCUCCAUGGCUGGAUAUCCGUUGGAGAGGACCUCAAAGCGUCCACAUCGCAAACCCCCCUCUGCCGAAAAAACCCGAAGAUAAAAUCUUCUGGGACGUACUGGCACAAGACUUCACACUUCCAGACCACACAACUUCAUUUUAUUGGUGUAAAAUUUACAAGAUACCUUCUUUGGACAGAAAACAUCAUAUUAUUGGCUACCUUCCAAUGAUACAAAAAGGCCAUGAAAAUCUAGUCGAACACAUGAUCAUGUAUGAAUGUCUUGGAGGCCCUCACUUCGAAGUCUAUGGCAGUCAUCCAGGUGCAUCCUGCAGGGGAAGUACAACUCCAAAGGACUGGGAAAACUGUUCAACUCCAAUUGUCACUUGGGCUACUGGCUCUAGGGGCGAAUUUUUACCGGAACAUGUUGGAAUCCCAAUGGCCGAAGGAGAUGGCAAAGCAACCUACUACAUGCUCGAAAUCCACUAUGAUAACCCUGCUUUGCAGAGAGUGCGUGACAGCUCUGGUCUCAGACUUUAUUACACCCCUAAUGUUAGACAAUACGACAGCAGCAUCCUGGUUGCAGGUGUCACCCCUUCAUCGGUGCAACUCAUUCCUCCGAAACAACCCAUGUUCAAAAACACCGGCUAUUGUGACAGCCAAUGUACGAACUUGAUGUUCCCUGAGUCUGGCAUUAAAAUAGUAUCAGUGGUUUUUCAUACACAUUCAGCAGGACGGGAAGUGAAAUUGCAGCAUGUCAGGGAAGGAAAAGAAGUCGGAAUUAUUGCAGAGGAUAAUUAUUUUGAUCCGAGUUUUCAACAAUCAAAGAGACUACUUAAAGAAGCUGUGAUUUUGCCAGGUGAUGACCUGCUAACAGAAUGCACGUACAAUACACAAAACAGGACAAGACUUACUCUGGGUGGAUACUCCGUGAAGGAAGAAACCUGCAUGGCGUACAUAUUGUACUACCCAAGAACGGCAUUUUCCAGUUGCACUAGUAUAACUCCAGCUGAUUUCUUUUUCAAAACUUUUGGCAUCCAUGAGUUUUACAACCAGGACAUGGACGAACUUGAAAACCUGAUUUUGGAAUCUGAAAAACAAGUAGUGAAAACCGUAAGAUCUAAUGUUCCAAUGCAGAGCUUGUUUUUCCGUUUUUCUGAAAAGAACGGAUUCAACCUUGAUUACACAAAGCAGUCUGAAUCGAUCUUAAAAGCAAUGGCCGAACUGAAUAUGGACAAUGAUGAUUCAAUUUUUUCUAAAUUGGUCAUUUUCAAACCUGAAGAGUUUCAGAACAAGAGUGUGCUCAGCCACUUGAAGGAUUUGCCCUGGGAGCAACAAGUCUUCACACAAAGAGUUGAAGAAAUGUUGAACAGAGGGAAGCACAAGACCUUCUGUCGAUUACAAAACAGUCUUCCCGCUAUGCCAAGCAGAAUUUAUAAUUAUCCAAAUUUCACUUCACAAAUUGAAAAAUCCGUUCGUCACACUUGCAAAAGCUAUUUUAUCAACAAUGGAAAUAUAAUUUCAAGCACAUUUGGUUUUAAGUUUAUUAUAUCACAAUUAUUAUUAUUCUUAUUUCUACUCAAUUAGGAUUUUCUGACAACUUACAGUUUUUUUAUUUAAGUUCUGUUUAUUUUAUGUGUCGCCAAAGAUUUUUGUAUUAAUUAAUACUAAGUCAUGGUCAGUCAAUAUUUCCUAAAUUAUUUUUUCGUUCAAAAAACGUUUUAAAUUUUAUAUUUAACUUGUCUUGAAGCAAGAUGUAGUCUUUGAGUGUAUGUACAUACGUUGUAAAUAAAAAAAAUCUGUGAUAUUUAGCAAUUAAGCAAAUAAAAUAAGUUUUGUACCAGUUUUGUA